UAAACAUAUUAAUUACCUCGCACAAAUUUUCGUAAUUUUUAAGUAUUUUCCAUUAAAUUUUCAUCGAAUUUGUAUUAAAAAAGGACAAAAGAUGCCUCCAAAUAAGGAAGAAUUGGAAAAUAGUCACGUAGUUCACGAUGAACAAAAAGUAUCAGCGCCAAAAUGGACUUUCGAUGAAACAAAACUUCUAAUCGCCUGUGUCAAAGAGCAACCCGAAUUAUAUGAUCCAAGCAAUUCAAAAUACAAACUUCUGUCGUUUACGGAAACUCUUUGGGCUAAUUUCGAUCUAUUACUGAAGAAGCCAAUGGGAUCUUGCAAAGAACGUUGGGGAAUCCUUCGACAGACAUUCCGUGGCGAAUACAGGACAAAUCGAGACAAAUCCAAAUGGAAAUUGUACAAAGAAAUGGAAUUUUUAUCAAAAUUUCUCUAUUCACGCGGUCCUUCGUUGAGCGAAUGCAUCGAAUCUGCCCUCAAAGGUCAAGUACCAACGCAAAAAAUAAAAAAAGAGCAAGAUAGUAAUCGAAUGGUGUCAGUUAUUUCCGUCAUUCCCGACGAUUGUCGCAAUGAAAACGAUUCGCAACACGUCAAUAUCACUCUUCAACCGCCUGAACAGUCAAUUAGCAUGGAGCUUUAUUGCGAAGAAGAGCCUCAAACAUCGAAUCAAGACUACACAUUUGCAAUUCCGAAACUCGAGCCUGUUUCCAUCAAAAAUCAACUUCCUCACAUGUCAACUCCGAUCGUUCCUCGUAUCGUAAAACGAUCAAUUCCCGAUGCAGAACCGCAAUAUCGAGCGAUAAAAGUGCGAAAAUCGUCUCCGGAAGUCAUGAAUUUGAACAAAGUGAAGUUGCAAAAACUCUCAACGACUCCCGGGAAAUCAGAGCGAUACACAUUGAUGCAAGACAGCUACCAACAACAAAUAAAAGUGAGUGCAUCACAAACUUCCGGGACCCAAAUUGAACGAAUUUCAACUCCGUGUUGCGCUGAAUCUUCGUUAAACCGCACAGUGAAGCCUCAUGAGUAUCCGGCGUGCUCUUGUACUGCGGAUGGAGAUAUGAUGUUUAUGCAAAGUUUGCUUCCUGACUUGAAAAAACUGAAUUCGAAGCAACGUUUGGAGUUUAAAGUACAAACUUACCAACUUUUACAAGGACUCUUGUAUAAAAAUUAGUGAUUUUUUUUUCUUUAAAAUUUUUUUUAUUGCAAAAUUCUACAAAGUAUUCUAUUUUUUCUCUUUUCGUAUAAAAACUAAGCUAAAAUUAGUUAAAAUUAAAAUUGUAAAAGUUAAAAUUAGCAUUAAAAGUACUUAAAAUUUACAUUUCUUAACAAUUUUUUUUAUAAUUGUACCUUUCAACAA